AUGUUCUCCUGGUCUACCCUCUUUCUCGCUGCCGCGACCACCGCGCUCGCGGCCCCUUCCGCACGUGGCCCUACUUUCCAGCCGCCGACGCAGAUGACGGGCUGUGAAGUCCCCGCAUCGGUUCUGCAGCAGAUGAUGCCCGCGAACCAGACCACCAUUGUCGCUCCUUCUUCCGCACCAAAAUACGUGGCUCUGGGCGUUGGCGUUCAGAACUACACCUGCUCCUCCGCCGGUACUUUCACUAACAUCGGCGCGUAUGCCGAGCUCUUCGACAUCUCCUGUCUCGCGAGCACGCCCGCGUUCGGAGACAUCCAGACCAAGGCUUACCAGAUGUGGAACGCCUCUCCGCAGACGACGACUCAGCAGCUCGUCGACGCGAUGGGCGACAAGCCCGUCAUCCUCGGCCAGCACUACUUCAUCGCUAACCCCUCCGGCACCGGCGCGAACGUCCCCAAGUUCGACUUCACGGCCGACCGUGACGCCGGCGAUGCGUCGGCGUUCGCUGUUAUGAGCAAGGUCGGCGAUAUUGCCGCGCCUACGGGCUCGAGCGAUGUGGAUUGGUUGAUGCUCAACACGACGAGCGGGAGCCUUGCGAGCCAGAUCUUCCGUGUUGCUACUGUCGCGGGCACGGAUGGUGCUGCUUGCACGGCCGACCAAACCGCGAGCGUCAAGUACGUCGCGAAGUACUUCUUCUACUAG